CACAUCACGGCUGGUUCGACAUGACUUCUGGAGUAACGCCGUGCACAUAUCGGUCAAUUGUUAGGGAGGUGUACAAGGCGUCUGUACAUCCGCGCUCGACAAGGAGUAAAGUCAUAUCCUCCAACUUCCGGGCCAUUUUCGAACAAUGUCGUCAAGGUGAUGAGCAAGCACACCUGAGUCAUGACUUGCAGAACGCGCUAACGUUCAUGCACUCGCAACGGAUACACAAGGAACUGCUUGAACGGUAUAACCCUCUUCAUGACCUCACUGUGGAGGAGAGGAUCAAAGCUACAGCUCGUCGUGUUGGCCUUGACAUGCCUGUAAAAGCUCCAACGGACAAGGAGUAAUAUCGUCAAUAAUACCAUCAUCGUUAGCAAAGCGACGUGCCGUGCAGUGGAAUGACUGUCCUCCUCACGUAGAGGCUUCAUCCAUCGGGUACACCCAAUACCAUCUCCG